AUGUCUUUUCAAUAUCCAUUAAUACUUGAUGGUGGUCUUGCCACUGAACUUGAGAGAACUUUUAAAAAAAAUCUAUCAGGCACGUCAAAACAUUCGCGAAUAAUACGCAGGAAUAAUCCCCUCUAUCAAGCGAGCAUUGACGGUUUUAUCGAGGAAGGUCUAACGAAGGAACAAGCGAUCAAAUUGAUGCAUGAAAGUAUCCUUCUAGCUUGUGAAGCUCGUGACGAAUAUAUGCAAGGUGAUGAUUGUGGCAAGAAAAAGAAGCUAGUGGCGCUUUCCAUUGGAUGUUAUGGAGCCGUAUUGGCAAAUGGCGCGGAAUAUACAGGCAAUUACGGCGCCACAACAGUUACUGACCUGAUCAAUUUUCACAAAGAGAGAUUAUCAAUAUUCUUGAAUUAUGGUUAUGGUAUUAGUGAGAAACAAGUGGAUUUUAUUCUGUUUGAAACAAUUCCUUCCUUGGCAGAAGUGCAAGCUAUCGGCCAAUUAGUAGAAGACUGGGCAAACGAUAAUGGCCAUGAACAUUGCAGGAAACUUCCACCAGUCGCGGUAUCUGUUCAAUGCCGCUCAAAUGAGCAAAUUGCGGAUGGUUCUUCUAUAAUAGAAGUUUUGAAGUUGCUGAAUGAAGUCGUUCGAAUAUUCGCUGUAGGUUUUAAUUGUACAAAGCCACGCUACGUCGAAACUCUCUUCAGUACGAUUGCUGAAUUUAAUAAGGCACACAAUAAUAAUAAAGCGAUAAUCGCUUAUCCGGAUGGCGGAGAAGAGUGGAACGAGACGAGGAAGGAGUUCGAUGAGAAGACGAAGUUUCCUGAGGAACGUUUUGGUCAGUUGUUGACAACAUGCGUUGAAAAGUAUGGGCCCCGCGUCAUAGUGGGUGGUUGCUGUGGGACAAGCCCUCGGCAUAUCAUGGAGGUUGUGAACGGUUUGAGUAAAAUGCAUUCAUCGUAG